AUGGCCUCUGAAGAAGAUAACUUCGACAUUGAUAUUUAUGGCGACGGUGGGGAAGAGUACCCACAAGAUACUAUUCUGGACGAAAAGCAAGAUGCGAAGACUUCUGACCUAGAUGCUAUCGCGGAAGCAGCUUUGGGUGGAACAGAGUCACAUAAAAGUCAUGACGACAAGGCGAAUCAAAGUGACGAACCACCAACCACGGCAGUCAUAGCAAGUCAGCCUCCCAAUGGUGAGGUUGCACAAAGGAUCGCCAGCACAGACCAAUCAUCUACAGACCUGGUACAGCUGCCUCGACAAGCGCCCCAAAUGCAGGGUGUGAAGCGAAAAGAAGGCGAAGAGGAUGAUCGCCCAGUGGGUCAGGGCGCCACGACCGCACUAUUCGUCUCAGACUUGCAUUGGUGGAUAACGGACGAUGAUGUUCGAGGGUGGGCAAACCAAAGUCAAUGCGAAGAUGAGCUUGAAGAUAUCACCUUCAAUGAGCACAAGGUCAAUGGAAAGAGCAAAGGUCAGGUCUAUGCCACGUUCCGGACUACUCAAGCAGCCACUGCUGUCAAGCAGAAGAUCGAGAGCUUUGGGGAAGGUCAACAGUACUCGAAGAAAUUUGCGGUGAGCUACUCUAAUCCCUACAACAACCCGUUCCGGACGCUGCCUAAAGACGGCCCACUGAGGAAUGCUGCUUCGGCGAACAAUCCUCGCUCGAAUUCUGGCGCUGUAUCAACCUACGCAUCAAAUGGUUAUCGUGGCGGUAGGGGCGGUAGCUAUAAUAAUCGAGGCGGCGGCGGCGGCUCUAACUAUAGUCGGGCAGGAUUUCCAACCCAAUUUCAAAAUUCUGCCAUGGGUAAUUUCCCACAAAUGGGAAGUAUGCCAAGCUAUGGUGGGUUUCAGGGGCGUGGAGGUAUGAUGAAUGGAAUCAGAGGAGGGGUGGGCAUGCGGGGGGAGAGGGAGGUAUGA